GUUCACCCAUGUUCGCCCAUCCAUCGUGUGGGUACUAUCUAUGUAUUCGUACGGAGGCUAAUACUGGCAGGCAAGCAGGCAGGCAGACAGUCUUGUUUCCCAUGCUCCGUAUGAAGUAUCCGUACCCCCAUCCCCCAUGGGCCAUUCAUUCUCGCACCUUGCUUGAGGGGAGCUACCCAAUGUGCUAGGGGACCUUAGUGCGUAUGGGAGAAACAUCGAUUCUCUGCAUGUCUUCCCUCAUUCACCUCGAGACCCUGUCGCCGUCCCGAUUUCCCACCCACUAGCAGCGCAGCUAUCUGCAGAUAUGUAUAUGCAUAUCCCGCCCCUCGAAGCGGCUGGCCCCAUAUCCUGUCGUCCAACGACCCUCUUUCCUUUCCCACUUCGUCUCGACGACAAGCUGGCUCCCAAAUAAGACCCAGCGAUCAUCUCUCCACCCCAUCUCAGCCCCUCCAUUCCACGUCGGCUUUCCCAGUGAUCAGCCUUUCCCUUCUUCUUGAGCGGACCGCAACGGUCUUGAUCUUCAGAAGACUCCUCGCCCGCUUCCCUGUCUCAUCCAUCUCGACAUUGGUCACUCGUCCUCGAGAGAGUUAUCAUUUGACUGCCGUCCUUUCCUUUCCUCCCCGCUUGACCUCACACACCGUUCGACAUCCCGUAGCUUUCACCAGACUCUACGAUUGAUCGACAACUCAGGCUGUCCCAGAUCCUAUCCUGUCGCCACCGCAUCAGCACCACACCUCGGACGAAUCGCUUUAACAACUGGCCACCAGAAUCUCACCGGUUUUGAGUAUUUCGUGUUGGCAUGGUCUCGCUAGUGACGAGCCAUGGAUUCUACCUCUCUCUCAAUGGUUUCGGACGACGGGGACCUCUCAUGGUCGGACAACCACAGUAACCCUUCAGACGACAACAUGCAAGACGACAUGCUGCUUCCACACCAACCAACCUCCCAAACGGCAGCGGCCUGGAUGGCCUCGACCAGCAUUCCUCAAUCUCUCUCCGGGCAGCUGUCUCCCGUCAGCGCCGCCGUAGAUAUCCCCCAUUUGGAGCCGUCCGGCGACCCGACAAUGGUACACUCCGCAUCCUCGUCCUGCACCGAUUCCUGGAGCACUGGCCAUGCCGAUACGUGCGAUGGAGACGAUGCUGACAACGACAUUGUAUGGGAACAGGAAUCGGACGACACUUUCGCCAUUAUACCCAAACUUGAACCCAUGGACGACGACGAUCUAAAGCUGGGCGAUGUCAAGGAGGCUCCACUAGCGCAAACAGAAACUACCUUGGUAUCGGCCACAAACUCACUGAAGCAGAAGCGACCCCGAGGAAGACCCCGCAAACAUCCUGUAGCAUCCAUCAUCAACCAAAGCAAGGUGACCAAGGGUCGAUCCAAGACGGGCUGUAUUACCUGUCGGAGACGGAAGAAGAAGUGUGACGAGGCGAAGCCGAGAUGUAUGAAUUGCGAGAAGAAUGCUGUCGUCUGCGAGGGCUAUCAUGAGAAGAAGCUUUGGAGAAGCGGCAAAGAAAAGGCAACAAUUGAUCACGUUGGGGAUGAGGAGUCGCUCGUUUUCACCAUGCAACCUCUGUUCAACGGCGUCGACACAAUCGAGGACAAGAUAUUCUGGAGACACUACGGCGUCCACCUCAGCAACGUUCUGACUGUUGAGGGAGAAGCCAAGAAUGCCUUCAAGGACAUUAUUCUUCCUUUGGCAAACCUCCACCAGGGCGUGAUGCACUCGAUCCUGGCCAUGAGCAGCAAACACAUCGACUUUGAUACACCGUACGGCGCCAAGUUACUCGAGAGAAAUCCGACAACCACCCUAGAAGCGCUACAGGCCCGGUCAGCAUAUCACGAGGAACAAGCGAUGAAGACUCUGUACGCCGACAUGAACCGUUCGGCGGAGGAGGACAUUGAUGAUCGCGAAACUAUCUUGUCGGCUCGCUACGCCCAAAUCCUUUGCCUCCUAGUCACCACGCUCAUUGAAGGUGAAUCUCAUGGAGCGCAUCGUGUUCACCUGAGCGGAUACAAGCAAUUGAUCCAAGAGAGCCCUCCAGAGGAUCCCGUCUUCCUGGCCUUCAUCAGCGAAUUCUUCCAGUACCACAUUUACGCAGACGAACUCCUCUGGCAUCCCGCGCCCGGCCGUCCACGCUUGGCUUCCGAAGAUUGGAGCUCUCUGGUCCCCUUGGACUCGCCUCGUCUUCUGGGUGUUGCUGAUGGCCUAUUUCAACAUCUCUGCCAGAUCACCACCAUCCGAAACGUCAUCCGGGAUAACAUUUACAGACGCGCCGAGACUGUCGUGACGUAUCACGUUCUGUACCGAGCGCAAGAGAUUCAAGAGGCUAUUGAGCAAUGGAUGCCUCUUUGGCCACCAGGCGAUAGCCGUCACAGAGUUGGGCUGGUUUACAAACACAUGAUGUUCCUGCAUCUCUUCCGCACAAUCUACCCACCUACCUCUCCAGAGAGACGGCCUUCCGUCUACUCUAUAGCUACAUCCGUCGCCACCUCGACCUCGUCGUCUUCCUCCCGCCGGCAUUCGCAAAUUUCUAGGCCGUCUACGGCGACGAGCUGCGCCUCGUCUCCCGGCCUGAGGCCCAGCAUGGGUUCUGGGUUCCCCUCUUCGAUGCAGCUCAAACGGGAGCCAAACUCUCGAGGACCGUCCAGGACGAGCUCGAUGCAUGAGUCCGAUGCCGGGUCCUCUAGCUGCGCAGUGAUUGACGAACAACGCCCGGCCUCUCCACCGCCGGUUCGCCGCCCGCAGCAGCAUGACAAUCGCAUCACUGCGGCGGUGGACGAGUCUCUAUCGAUCAUGGAGGGAUUCAAGCCAUCGGACCCAGCCCUUACCCUUUUGCUGAUGCCAAGUCUGGUCAUUGGCACUACGUGCUUCGACCCCACGCAGCAAGAGCGUCUUCGAGGCAUCAUCCGGUCGGUCCGGGGCUACACUGGUCUUCGCAACUGCGACAGAGUCCUCGAGGUCCUGGAAGAAGUCUGGCACCUCAUGGAGUGUGGCGAAUGGAUUGCUGUCUGGGACUGGCAGAGCGUUGCCAGACGCCUCGGACUGGAUUUCUUGUGCACCUGAACUACAUUAGCCAGUUCACGGCGGAUGGCAUCAAUCCAUCCGUGCUGUUCUUGUACUCGCCAGAUGCUCUUCUCACUUUCUUCUUUAUUGCCUUCCUCCCGGUAUACCCGCGCGUUGUAUUCUUUCUUCCCUCGUCCUUUCACUCUCACACUCACAUUCUUCUCUUUUCCUCCUCGGGUCGGCACUACUGUGGUCGGAGUUACUGGGUGAAGC